UAGGGAAAAGGCUACACUGUGAAUGUAUUAACAAGACACUUUCCGUCCACCACGUCAGAGGACCAGUUGGCGGGACUGAGCGUGCCUAAACUGUUUAGCCUAGUUGUACAUUUUGAAUAGACACAAGUAUGAAGGAUUUAUUUUUUCUGCUGCUUGUGGUUUUUUCAUUAUGGACCAUAAUCUCAGGCGCAGUGACGGUCAGACAAGAGGGUCAAUGGUCUUCGCCUGUUCGUAAGAAGGUGGCAAGUCAACAGAUCGGGAAUCCUGCCAUAUCGUUUUCAGCCUCUAAAUCAAAAAGUAAUUGUGCAAAACAACCGAAAUGUGCGCCAGAUCAAAAAUCGGAAAUAAAAAAAUAUUCUGCAGGAGGAUGCCCUAUAAUACGAUGUGUAAAGCGACAAAUGAAGUGUUCUAAGCCUGUCUGUCGCCAAAACCAACGGGUAUUCUACAGUGGCAAGAAAUUAACAAACGGCUGCCAGGAGAUAACAUGUAAGAAUAUUCGAGCACCUCGGCGAAGACAAAGGCAAAGGAAAGGGCCUUGUCCGUCAGUAGCAUCAUGCAAGUCUCUUCCCAAGAAAGACGGGUACUGUGAAGUUCCACGCAACAUCGUCGUGCGUGGUCGCAGGUGCCCAGUUUGUCCUGAACUUAUACCAUGCAACAAGCAACAGCCAAAGAUGAACUGCCCGGAUCUACGUCGUUGUCCAAAAGCCAACUUCAAAAGUGGGCAAUGCGUCAUACCAAGCAAAAAUGAGCAAGGAGGUUGCCAAAAAUGUCCUAUUAUCACAAAUAAGUGUAAUCAAGUUGGUGGAGUUAGAAAUAAUCUUGGAUAAAUCAUAAAACAUUUCACAUAAUCACCAACAAUGAGAAAUACAUCUACAUUAUGAAAACAGAAAUAAUGCAAUCAGUAGCAAAACUCGUAACCUUAUAACAAAGUAACAAACGCGGCACCAAAUAAGGGCAUUACAAUGCCAAAAGGAAUUCCGAAGAUAAAGUGGUCUCAUUGUCAUGGAAUUCGAAUAAAGUCAGUUCCAUGUAUUGAUAAGAAGUAUUGUUCAACGUUUGUGAAGGAGACAGGAAGUAGUAUAAUGAUCAUGCAUUGGUUGUUCAUGACACGGAGUGAGGAACACAUUACUUGUUCAUGACGCGGAGAAAGAAACACAUUGCUUGUUCACGACGCGGAGUGAGGAACACAUUGCUUGUUCAAGACGCGGAGAACGAUACACAUUACUUGUUCACGACGCGGAGUGAGGAACACAUUGUUUGUUCACGACGCGAUGUGAGGAACACAUUGCUUGUUCACGACGCGGAGUGAGGAACACAUUGUUUGUUCACGACGCGAUGUGAGGAACACAUUGCUUGUCCACGACGCGGAAUAAGGAACAUAUUGGUUGUUCCUGACACGGAGUGAGGAACACAAUGAUCAUGUUCAUAACGCGGAGUGAGGAACACAUUGCUUGUUCACGACGCGGAGUGAGGAACACAUUGCUUGUUCACGACGCGGAGUGAGGCACACAUUGCUUGUUCACCACGCGGAGUAAGGCACACAUGGCAUAUACUCAUGACGCGGAGUAAGGAACACAUUGCACAUGCUCAUGGAGCUGUGAGCGUGAGAAACAGAACUUGUGUACGGUGUAGAAAACAACGACUGUAAGAACUGUAAGAAUGUGAAGAACAUCAACUUCAGCAAUUCAAGCAAUGCAACAAGACGUUUGUUCAAGAUGCAGUGAUGAUUAGACAUCGUGUGUUCAAGACGAAGUGAUCAAUAGACAUUGUGUGUUCAAGACGCAGUGAUGAUUAGACAUUGUGUUUCAAGAUACAGUGAUCAAUUAACAUUUUGUGUUCAAGACACAAUGACCAAUGAACAUUUUGUGUUCAAUACACAGUCAUUAAUGGACAUUGUAUGUUCAAGAAAAGUGAUCAAUGUGCAUUGUGUGUUUAAGACACAGUGACCAAUAAACGUUGUGUAUUCAAGACACAGUGACCAAUGAACACUGUGUGUUCAAGACGCAGUGUAGAAAAAGGCAUGGCGACUUCAGACCGAUAUCAAAUAUUAAUUUAAGGACUUAAAUGAACAUACCGACUUGAAUAAUCCUUACGUUCAAAAAAUCGACGAAAUUUUACAAAGUUACGAAUCCUCAAGCAUUUUGUUUAUAGUUUUGAUACACUGCCUUGGCGAUCGUACAUCAACAUAAGUAUCAAACAUUGCCUAGGCGAUUGUACAUUACUCAUAGACGAUGAAACUAGUAAGCACAUUAUAAAGUUUGACAGAUAUAAAUCGUAUUAUAAUAUCCAGAUCCAGUUGGGAACAUUUUGCUCCUUCACAUACCACAUUCGCUGAGUAAGCGCUCGUCAUCAAAAUUGUUUGCUUUUUUAAAUAAUAAAUCAUUACGUAGCGACAAAAGUCUUUCAUAAGAAAAGAGCUUUACUGACAUUAUCCACGACAUUGACAAAGAAGUUGUUUAGCAAAUGCAUACUUUUCUCCGAUCUCAUUACAUUGACUUUUGUAUAAUAUAUACUGGAUUAAGGCGGUACUUGAUGUUUGAAAUAAAAAAGGUAUUUUGUUUUCCUGCAAUUACUCAUGAUUUUUAAGUAAACAAAUAGUUUUAAUACGUUGUAAUGUACUCAUUAAUAGCUGUAACAAUGAAAUUGUGGUACGUUGAAUCUGGUGCAAUACUAGAAACCUAUUGAAAGGAAAAUAUAUAUUCAAGAUACUAUGAGAUAGUAGCAUAUUUUCAGAUAGCGUUCUGGUUUGGCGACACCAUAUUUUAUCAAACAGUGCGUUAAAGUUACCGAUGAAAAUUAGCACUUUGAAUAAAGGAACACUUCCAAAAAUUCGUGUAUGUGCAUAAGGCAGUUAAUGGAAAAGGUUCGAAAAAAUAGUUAAUCCAUAUUAUGAUAUCAUUGCUGAAAAAAUACUGCAAAAUGCUCAAUUUGUAGAUAUUCUGCAUUUAUUGUGAAUUUUAAUUUAACAUGGUAUUCAUGUUUGUUAAUAUUGAUUGAUGCUAAUAAUAAAACCGAAAUAUAAUCCUA